UUUGCGUACUCUCUUUUUUUAUUCUCUCUUCACUGUCCACCGCCCACAUACCCUCUCCUUCCUCCCUUUCUCUUCGUUUUCAAACUUUGAAUUUCAAUUCAAUUCAUUUCUCAUCGCCUUCCCACUUCUCUGUUUCUUCCACCUCUCAAAUUUCCCAAAGCAAACCCCACUCCGAUUAUCCCAAUCCCCUUUUACUCUGUUUUCUGUCUCAUACUCCACUUUUCACUACUGGGUUUCGCCCAACAAAGGAUGAACGCGGCCGGGAGACAGAUUUCAAGAUCUAAUCCGGUGGUGCACCACCAACGGCAGCAUUCCGACACUGCUUUUGAUGCCCUUUGCUCUUAUGGAAGAUGGGCUCAGACCUCUAAUCUCUCUCAUGAUUUUGGGUCGAGGGCAAACAGGGGAAUGCAGAGGAGUUUCAACGAUCUUGGCUCGGCUGAUGCUUUGACGCCACAGGCUCGGUCCCGCUCCUCGAGCAUGAGGAAGAAUGCGGAUGAGAUGUUCCUUCCCAGUCAUUACAGCCCUGGUCUCCUCGAUCUUCAUGCUUUCGAUACUGAAUUGCUUCCCGAGACCACUUUUCGUAAAAGUCUGGAUGAUUCGGAGCCAUUUUUUGCUGCAAGUAAGCUGCCUAACAGGCCUGGGGGUGCAUCCGACAACAAUCUUCUCAAAAGCGUCUCAGUUGACAGGGAAAGAACCAACAAUGUUGCUAAGAUCAAAGUGGUGGUUCGCAAGAGACCGCUAAAUAAAAAGGAAAUGACAAAGAAAGAAGAAGAUAUAAUCACAAUUGAGCGAAUGUCAAAUUCCCUGACAGUUCAUGAAACGAAAUUUAAAGUUGACUUGACAGAGUAUAUUGAGAAACACGAAUUUGUUUUUGAUGCGGUAUUGCAUGAAGGUGUUUCAAAUGAUGAAUUAUAUUCGGAAACUGUGGAACCCAUAGUUCCGCUUAUUUUUAACCGAACAAAAGCUACUUGCUUUGCUUAUGGGCAAACAGGUAGUGGAAAAACAUACACUAUGCAACCAUUGCCUUUAAAGGCGUCUGAAGACAUUCUAAGAUUAGUGCACCACACUCACCGGAACCAGGGUUUCCAAUUAUUUGUCAGCUUCUUUGAGAUAUAUGGUGGGAAAGUUUUUGAUCUCCUCAACGAAAGGAAAAAGCUUUUCAUGAGGGAAGAUGGGAAGCAACAAGUAUGCAUUGUGGGGUUGCAAGAAUACAAAGUGUCGAAUGUUGAGACAAUCAAGGAAUUGAUUGAGCGGGGAAAUGCCACAAGAAGCACUGGUACAACUGGUGCAAAUGAAGAAUCCUCUAGAUCACAUGCUAUACUUCAGCUUUGUGUUAAGAGAUCAGUAGAUAGUUCGGAAACAAAGCCAGCUCGACUUGUAGGAAAGCUGUCUUUUAUUGACCUUGCUGGAAGUGAACGUGGUGCUGAUACUACAGAUAAUGAUAAACAGACAAGAAUGGAAGGUGCGGAAAUCAACAAAAGUUUGCUAGCUCUCAAAGAAUGCAUUAGAGCUCUUGACAAUGAUCAGGGUCACAUUCCUUUCAGAGGCAGUAAAUUAACUGAAGUUCUUAGAGAUUCAUUUGUUGGAGAUUCACGCACUGUUAUGAUAUCGUGUAUAUCACCAAGCUCGGGAUCAUGUGAACACACUCUCAACACAUUAAGAUAUGCUGACAGGGUAAAGAGUCUAUCUAAAGGGAACAACACAAGGCGGGAUCCUUUAUAUUCAUCAUCAAAUCUUCGAGAAUCAACAGCUUCUUUGUUGUCUUCCUCGCUACCCACCGAGCCAUCCUAUGAGGAUAACAGAACUUAUUUACCAAACGACAAGAAUAGAUUUGGUUGGUCCAAACAGAAUGAAAGGGAAGGUACUCCACCAUUGAACGUUGAACGUGUUCCUAGCAACAGGGCAGACAUAACUUUGCCUCAUCACAAAAGUCAGCGAAGUUUUCAAGAUGACUUCACUGUAGAUGAUAUUGGUUACCCAGAGCAACAGUAUGAACAGGAGAAAUCAUCACGGAUGAACACUAAAAUAACUGAAACUCGACAAGUGCCAGGCUUUAUCGACCAGAAGAAAACAAGUAAUGAAACAAACCGAAGGGAUAUACCCGAUUUCGAGAUCGACUCUCAUUCGGAUGAUGACCUUGAUGCCCUUUUAAAGGAAGAAGAAAAUCUUGUUACUGCUCAUAGGAGACAGGUGGAGCAGACAAUCGACAUUGUUCGAGAGGAAAUGAACUUGCUUGUUGAAGCUGACCAACCCGGAAGCCAUUUAGAUGACUACAUCCAUAAAUUAAAUGUUAUUCUAUCACAGAAGGCCACAAGUAUUUUUCAGCUGCAGGCUCAGUUGGCUCAAUUUCAGAAACGUUUGGAUGAAUACAAUGUUUUGGUGGCACCCUCCACCAACUGAAACAAACCUAGAACCAGACGCUUCCCAUUUUUUCCUCCAAAAUCUUCUUUUGCACAGGCCCGAGGGAGCUGGUUGAUCGAAGUUAAUUAAUAUUGAUAGGAAAUGGUUCAGACGUGCGCGUGUGAUCGAUAAAUGACCAAGUUUUACCCUCAGAGGUGGUUUCAGUUUUCUUUGAUUGUACAGAAGAUUUGUUUCCUGUCUAUAGUGUUUUGUAUUAAUGGAUGUUUCUCUCCCUCCGAGCUGCUGCUGCUGCUGCUAUUAUGAGCAACAAUCAAGAAAACUAAUACAGAUUCUUCUGUUUACCUUUCCACAUCCGGAAGCUAAAAGUAACUUGCUUUUGCAAUUUCUGUUUGAUCUUAUAAACGAUUGUUGGCAUGAUUAAAUCAUCUCAUUUUAUCCAA